UAUGUAAAGUUGCGGCGCUGCGGUCGACGUCCAGUGUCUUGUCAGUCACAGACACACCAUCAUUGUAAGUCUUCAUCACCAGAGUCAACGAGCAUCAUGAGGUACAGGGUGGUCACUACUUACCUCAUGUACCUGCUGCUGGUGCCAAGCCUGGCUCAAGAGUUCAGAGCUCGGGUGGUCGGUGGCACAGCGGAGGCGGGACGUCUGGAAAUAUUUUACAAUGAAACUUGGAACACAGUGUGUCGUUACGGUUUUGGACAGGAAGCAGCUUUGGUAGCCUGCAGAAUGUUAGGAAUCAACAGCACAACGGCAGCAGUCGUGGGGUCAGACAAGUACGGACCAGGCUCUGGUCCUAUUCUGUUCGGUUACCUGCAGUGUGUGGGGGACGAAACCAGCCUGGCGCAGUGUGAACACUUGGGGCUCUACACACACUUCUGUGAACACUGGCAGCACGUCGGCGUAGCGUGCAACAUUAUGCAACAGUUAACAGCUCGUGUGGUCGGUGGCACAGCGGAGGCGGGACGUCUGGAAAUCUUGUACGAUGGAACUUGGAACACAGUGUGUCGUGACGGUUUUGGACAGGAAGAAGCUUUGGUAGCCUGCAGGAUGUUAGGAUUCAACAGGUAGGUGUAGUCUAACACAAUCAUUAAACACACUUCACUCACA